AUGGCGGCGGCAGCGGGAAAACCCCCCAACUGCAGCACCCCAGCCAGCCCUGCUCCUUCAGACUGUUCCAUAGAUGGAGCAGACAUCAAAACACUCCUCUCACAACUGCCAUCCAAAUCAGACCUCGAAGGAAUGUUUUUCAAAAUGGAGAAGACCUUUGUGGACAAGUUAGCAACUCUCCACGAGGAGGUAAGCCACGUAGGCAACAGGAUGCAAACGCUGGAUGAGGAGGGUAUAACAACAGCCCUGCAGCUAACUAAGAUACAAUCAUUACAACAAACCCACAAUGAGGCUAUACUAUUCCUGCAAAGGAAAAUAGAAGACUUGGACAACAGGGGCAGGCGCAAUAACCUUAGGAUAAGAGGACUACCUGAGGCCCCAGACGGGGAAAGUGAAAAUGUAACACUCACGCUCACAAGCCUCUUUAAUAAGCUGCUAAACAGGCCGCACGAUACAUCCAUCAACUUUGAUCGAGCACACAGAGCGGUCAGGCCCAAAGCACUGCCGAACGAGAAACCUAGGGACGUCAUCUGCAGACUGCACCACUACCCACUAAAAGAAACUAUACUGCAAAAAGCCAAGCAACUUAGAGAAAUUAUCCACACCGACCAUAAAAUAUUGAUCUUUCAGGACUUGGCACAAUCUACACUUAUUGCAAGAAGUGCACUGCGACCGGACACGUCGGCCCUCACAGAGCGCAACAUACGAUUUCGGUGGUCGUUCCCUUUUGCACUGUUGGUAAACAGACAAGGGACUACGCACACAAUCUCGACUCCCGCGGACGUUCUUACGUUUCAACAGGCCCUGGGACUCCCAACGGAGCCUGUGGAAGACCGGACAGGCCUACCAUCAGAUAAGGACAGACAACUUCCCCAACGGGCCAAAUGGCAACGCACCCCAAGAAAGAGACCAAAGCGAGCCCAAUCGGGCAAUGAACUAACAAUGACACCAAGGGGCGCAACACACAGAACCCCAUGA